CAUGUCUGCCCAUGGCACAAUGUGGGGGCACGUGCCAUUUUCAGCACCCUCAGGUGGGACCCUGCUGGUUGGUCUCUGCCUAGCAUGGGCAGUCUCUCUCUCCGAAAAUACAGCGUGCCGGAACUUGGCCCCCCAGGAAGCAUUCUCCAACAGAAGCAGAUUUUAGGGAUUCAGUCCUAGGGUGACUGUGCUGGCUGAAGCUUCACAUCCUUGCUGCUUCCUGGGUUAAGGCAGGAUCAGUCCUUCCAAAUGUUGGCUAGUGUUCAACCAGGGCCCCACCUUAGAGGACAGAAUGCUUAAGUUCAGGCCUGUGGCCUGUGAACGCUGCCACGCGUGGCCCGUCCACUAGCUCCAUCUCCGCAUAACCAUGUGUGGGCAAGAGAGCCAAACAAUGCCAGUAUGGACAGAAUAGCUUAUGAUGCUUAUCCCCACCCACCACUUCCGAGACAUUGAGCGGAAGCCAGAAUACCUCCAGCCAGAGAAGUGUGUCCCACCUCCCCACCACGGUCCUGUGGGAACCAUGUGGUUUAUCCGCGACGGCUGUGGCAUUGCCUGUGCCAUUGUCACCUGGUUUCUGGUCCUCUAUGCGGAAUUCGUGGUCCUCUUUGUCAUGCUCAUUCCAUCCCGAGACUACGUGUACAGCGUCAUCAACGGAAUCGUGUUCAACCUGCUGGCCUUCUUGGCCCUGGCGUCCCAUUGCCGGGCCAUGCUGACGGACCCCGGGGCGGUGCCCAAAGGAAAUGCCACUAAAGAAUUCAUCGAGAGUUUACAGCUGAAGCCCGGACAGGUGGUAUACAAGUGUCCCAAAUGCUGCAGCAUCAAGCCCGACCGAGCCCACCACUGCAGCGUUUGUAAGCGGUGUAUUCGGAAGAUGGACCACCACUGUCCCUGGGUCAAUAACUGUGUCGGCGAGAACAACCAGAAGUACUUCGUCCUGUUUACAAUGUACAUAGCUCUCAUUUCCUUGCACGCCCUCAUCAUGGUGGGAUUCCACUUUCUGCACUGCUUUGAAGAAGACUGGACAAAGUGCAGUUCCUUCUCACCACCUACCACAGUGAUCCUUCUCAUCCUGCUGUGCUUUGAGGGGCUGCUCUUUCUCAUUUUCACAUCUGUGAUGUUUGGGACCCAGGUGCACUCCAUCUGCACAGAUGAAACGGGCAUCGAGCGCCUCAAACGAAAGCACCAGCCCAGGGAGCGCAGGGGCAGCUGGAGGUCGGUGAAAGAGACCUUUGGUGGGGACUUCUCCCCGAACUGGCUCAACCCCUUCUCCGGACCGUGCGACCCAAAGCCUCUCCGGGACAGGGACUGGGUGCGGCAGGCGGCCUCGCUGUCCGACACGGACAACACGGAGACCACGGAGGAGCAGUCGGAGGAGAGGAAGGACGAGGCCUCUGUGGAGGUGACAGAUGAGUGAAGCCGCCGUGGGGGGAGAGCCACACACUGCAAAGCUACUGGCGACCUGGAUGCAGGCGUCGUGGCCCCGGCGUGGCUGUGACGCGCCGCCCCGCACCCCUGCCCCCCUGCCGCUCCCCGCGGGCCGCUCACGGCCACUGCCAUCCCCCUGUACCCCCUCCUCCUCUCCCCAGGUUGGGCCAGGUUUUGGGGGGCGGGACCAGAGGGUGACAGGGGGAUGAGAGACUCUCAGAGGCCAUCCAAGAAGAGUCUGCCCAGAGCGGGAUUGGGUGUCCUUCCGAGACGGGGCGUCCCCGCACCUGGCACAGCCUCGCCAGCAAAGGAAGCUCUGAUCGGGGCAGAAAAGAACUUGCCUUUGGCUUUUCUUGGGAUGUCUGUCUUCUCUUGGGAAGGUUGGGCCCUGGCUCCUGGCUUUGGAGAACGACGGCCAUGAUGUGAGGAUGGAAGGACAGAGCAGGGCUGGCCUUGGGGACCUGGGGUGGGACGCUGACAUCAGGACAGACCAGCCCCGAAAGGUUGCAGGAUCCCGGCUGUUCCCCGGAGAGGCCCCCCCACCCCACCCCGAGCUUGUCUAAACCAGAAGGGCAUGGCUGCCACAGCGACCUGCGCCAGCUCAGGCUUGGUGUGAGGAGGACCCCAUACCGGGCUAGACACACACAUACGUGAGGGCCGUGCCCAGGUCAGGACGGUAACUGUGUCACAACAGCGGCUCCAAAACUCAGUCCCCAUUCCGUUGCACAGACGCUAGAAUCGUCGCUGAGGUGGACAGCUUGGAGCGGUCCAGAGGUGGGGUCGGCGAGAGGACCUGUGUAGAUGGGGACCCUCUGGCCUCCCCCGGAAAGCUUAAUUCACUUGCCCUCUGGACAGAGUCGCACACGGGCAUGAACUGCCCAGAAAUCUGUCCGGCCUGUGUUUUAAGCCACUUCUCACGAGAUAGGGACCAUUUUGUCUGGGAAGAUGGGUGGUGGCCAGGGACUGCAGACCGAUGAACCAGGAAGACAGACAGACAGACAGACACACACACACACACAGCCCACACUCUACCAGGAUGAGCCUGAUUGAACCCCAGCGUUACCUACUCAGAGGGGCCGGUGUUCCCAGAGCCGCCCGCCCUAGUCCCGGUGCAGAGCCCUGGGAGGACAUCCCACGAGCAUGGCAGGGCUCUAGAGCCACCAGGCCGCAGGCCUAUCUUCCUGAUCCGUAUCAGCUUUAGUAUUUAUUCAUGACGAUGGCCCGAGCCCUGGUCGGCUCUGAAGGCUGUUCCCUCGCAGUCUGGGCAGGCGAGGCCUCCAGCCGCUCUGGGAGAGCCGUUCCGAUCACCGAGAACUGCUCUUUGCUGUCCUAACCCGGGAGGCAGCCCCCGGGCCACCGGCACGGCCGACUGUAUACCAAAUACUCCACGCCGCAGAGAAAAGCAAUGCCCCCCCUGGAGCCCCGGAGGAGGCAGCCGUUAGACUAUGGGAAGGGGGUCCCCCGGUCACCGCUGGCAAUGUCAGGCCCGUGGUCACAGGGGUGCUGAGGCUCCGGCAGCCCCCCAAGCCAGCUCUGAGUGCCCGGCGGCUUCGGGAGGCCUGUGACCUGCGGUCAGACCCCGUUCAGGGGGCCCGGGCGGGGCCACGCGGGUGCUGACCCCUCCAACCCCGAGCUUCCUGUCCUCACUGUCCUCCUGUCACCACCGACGUGGUGGCCUUCCCUCCGCGGCGGCUGUCGAGAGCCUAACACCGUGCUUGCCUCAAACUGACAGGAUCGUAGCUGUUGUCAAAACGCCCAGGGCCACAGGGAGGGAGCCUGGGCGCAAACCCCCGCCUCGUGCUCUGAAUAAA